AUGAUUCUCAGAAUAUUGUGUCUCUCUUACAAUAAACAGCCAAAUUUUUAUAAUCAAUUUUUGUACAAAUCAAAAUCGUGUUCAUCAUCAUCAUCUACUAAAUUUUUGACUAUCGGUGUUAUCAGCUCGUACGAACGUUUACAUACUUAUUUGCCUAUUAUUCUAAAAACAUGGGCAAAAAUAAACGAUUCAUCGAUCGAAAUUAUAUUUUUUAUUGAAGAAAAUCCUCGAUUACCCGUCUCAUACGAUAUGGAUGAUUAUUAUAUCAAACUGUUCUCAAAUGUAAAUGAAUUUAAUUCAUGUGUAUAUACCGUUCGACUUCAACAUGUCAUUGAUCAAUAUCCACCACAAUUAAAAGGGUUUUAUUUAAUCAAAUAUUUGUAUCUCUUUUAUGGACGUCGAACAUCAUGGAUAUUAAGAUUGGAUGACAAUGCCUAUGUACAUAUACCUAAAUUGAUCAAAUGGCUGAAAUCAUUGGAUGAACGAAAAUUGUUGUAUAUUGGACAGGGGGGAACAGGACGCCAAAAUGAAAAUAUCUAUUUUAAAAAUCAACAAUACUUUUGUAUGGGUGGCUCAGGAGUAAUCUUGUCACAAACGAUAUUGAAUAAACUUGGUCCACAUUUAGACCAUUGUUUACAGACAGUUUACACAAAUCAUGAAGAUGUUGAAAUAGGGCGAUGUAUCAUUCAAUAUGUUCAUGUUAGUUGUACAAAUGCAUUUGAUUCAAAAACAUAUUUUUACCAUCAUUAUGGAUCUAAAUAUUCAUUCGGUCAUGGUUUUACUACUAACAUGAUUCAGAAUUCCUUUAUUAUGCAUCCAAUUAAAAAUCUCUAUACAUUUUAUCAUAUUGAAGUUUAUAAUCAACGUUACAAACAACAACAGGAUGAAAAACGUUUGAAUAGUUUAGUAAGACAAAUAAAUAACGUCAUUCCGCUUCCCAAAAUAAAAUCUUCUUAUCGUUCGUUUACCACAUUUAUUCCGCGAAUAAAUCUUGAUUUAACAAAAGAACUUCAAUUAAAAAGUUUUGAUAUCAAAUGGAACAGUUAUCUUCAAUCUAUUGUUGAGAACUGUUUGGAGGAUUUAAGAUACCGAUGGAAUCGAAAAACGAAUUGGACAUUGACAAAUGGAACAUUUGUAUUUGGUUAUUAUCAAUCGUUGCCAACAAAAGGUGUUGAAUUAAUUUUUGAAAUGUUAUUCAAUGUUAUGAAUCAACAACCAGCUAUUCAUCCUUCAUUAUUUGUUCGAAAACGUAUUUACACAAAAGCUGGGUUUACCAACAGAUUAAAAUAUCAUGAAAUUGAGGUAGAUGAUCAGAUUGACAACGAUAAACUGAAUUUAAUUGUUGUAUCGAGUAAUAAAGAUGAUGCUUUGAAACGUUUUAUUAUAAAUUUUAAACAACAAAUAUUAAAUUCUACUCCAUUACAUCGGAUAAUAACAUUGACAUGCGUCUACUUUCAUCGAUCUGAAACAACAGCAACACAACUGGAUGACGAUAAUUCACCGUUGAAAUUGAUUAAUGAAUUAGCUUAUCAAUAUCCAGCAAUUGUACACAAACCAGUUAUUUACAAUGUCUCAUUUAAUCAUGGUAAAGGAAGGCAAUUAGGUUCACGUCACUUUGAUAAGAAUGAUUUGUUGUUAUUUGUUGACGUCGACUUAGUGUUUACUUAUGAUGCAUUAGUAAACAUAAGACGUUUUAUGCUUCAUCAAAUUAAGCAUAAAACGAAUGAAUUGUCGAAAUGUACUGCCUAUUUUCCCAUUGUUUAUUCUCACACUAAUAAUGAUCAUCAAUGUUUAUUAAGUCAUGCGAAUGUUGAGUAUAACAUUACGUCGAAUCAUGGAACAUUUUCUAUUUAUGGUUUUGGAACAGUUGCAACAACAAAAAAUGAUCUUGAUAGUGUUGGUGGAUGGGAAACUAACAAUACCGGUUGGGGCGUAGAAGACGUCAAUUUGUAUACGAGAUUUAUUGAGGCUGGUUGUAUGGUCCAUCGAGUAGCCCAACCGGACCUGAGACAUUGUUUUCAUAAAAAAAUGUGUGAUGGUAUUAAAGAUAAGAAGAGACAACGAAUGUGCAGAGAAGCAGAAUCGAGUUUGUUGGGAAGUCAUUCUCACAUAUAUUCUCACAUUGUUCGUUCACAAUUAUUAAAAGUAUAG